GCAGGAAGACACCAUGCAGGAGUGCGGCGAGGAAGAGGAGGAGGGGAUCCAAAGUGGGAUCGCUCCUGACCAGGCCGACAUUAGCAGACACACUUGUGGCGAUGAGGGCUCGGAAGAGCUCCAAGAACCGGAGGAACCGGACCAGGCUGAGACGGGAGGAGUCCAGGAUGACAACACCGAUUGUGAUAGGCUCAUUGACCUAGAAACGUUACAAGAGGAGACAAUGGAAAACACAAGGACACACGAUGAAGACCCCCCACAAACCGAGGCACAGACAACACCCGCUGUACAGUCACUGCAUCCCCUCAACACACUUGUUGCAGACGCUGCAUCAGAGCCGUGCUGGUACUGCCUCAGGUCUCUAGAGCAGGACUAUCUUCUCCAAGCUCCUCAGCCGGACACGGAUCCUUUGCCGCCACUGCCCUCUGGCGGCCAGAAGGUGAGCUACCAGACGGACCCUCGCCCCCACUUCGGCGUGGCGUGGUCCUCCCACUCGACGUGUCGCCCUCUGUGGGGCAGCGAGGGCCCCAGCUGGGGUCAGAGGAGCCCGGACGAUGCCGGGGAGACGCACACCUGCCCGCACUGCCACCUGGGACUGCCUGCUGACACGCUGAGCUGGCAUGAGGUGAAACACGCUUUAUUCUACACGUGCACGACCCAAUAA